AUGUAUGCGAUUAAAGGCAUUAAUUAUGGUAUUAAAUGUGAUGCAUAUGAUAGUGUAUUACGCGCUUCAGUUUGUCAACACACACAGAUCGUCUUCACCAACGCAUCUAUGUAAAAUUGUUCAAAUCUAGAUUUCAUUUCCAUGAUUUGUUUUGUGAUAAUGUUCUGCAUAUUCUUCAGUUUUUGAUUUGCUUGGUAUUAAAAGUGAUGCUUAUGAUAUUAAUUAAGAAGAUUGAAGAUAAUCUUAGGUUUAGAGUGUAUUAUGCGCUUCCGUCUGUCAACCAACACAGAUCGUCUUCACCAACGCAUCUAUGUAAAAUUGUUCAAAUCUAGAUUUCAUUUCCAUGAUUUGUUUUGUGAUAAUGUUCUGCAUAUUCUUCAGUUUUUGAUUUGCUUGGUAUUAAAAGUGAUGCUUAUGAUAUUAAUUAAGAAGAUUGAAGAUAAUCUUAGGUUUAGAGUGUAUUAUGCGCUUCCGUCUGUCAACCAACACAGAUCGUCUUCACCAACGCAUCUAUGUAAAAUUGUUCAAAUCUAGAUUUCAUUUCCAUGAUUUGUUUUGUGAUAAUGUUCUGCAUAUUCUUCAGUUUUUGAUUUGCUUGGUAUUAAAAGUGAUGCUUAUGAUAUUAAUUAAGAAGAUUGAAGAUAAUCUUAGGUUUAGAGUGUAUUACGCGCUUCCGUCUGUCAACACACACAGAUCGUCUUCACCAACGCAUCUAUGUAAAAUUGUUCAAAUCUAGAUUUCAUUUUCAUGAUUUGUUUUGUGAUAAUGUUCUGCAUAUUCUUCAGUUUUUGAUUUGCUUGGUAUUAAAAGUGAUGCUUAUGAUAUUAAUUAAGAAGAUUGAAGAUAAUCUUAGGUUUAGAGUGUAUUAUGCGCUUCCGUCUGUCAACCAACACAGAUCGUCUUCACCAACGCAUCUAUGUAAAAUUGUUCAAAUCUAGAUUUCAUUUCCAUGAUUUGUUUUGUGAUAAUGUUCUGCAUAUUCUUCAGUUUUUUAUUUGCUUGGUAUUAAAAGUGAUGCUUAUGAUAUUAAUUAAGAAGAUUGAAGAUAAUCUUAGGUUUAGAGUGUAUUACGCGCUUCAGUCUGUCAACACACACAGAUCGUCUUCACCAACGCAUCUAUUGAGGGAGAGAGAAUGGGGUUUCUAUCACAGAGAGUGGAACGAAGCGAUUUGAAGGCAGGAGACCAUAUCUACAGCUGGAGGACUCCUGUUUUCGCAUACUCUCAUCACGGCAUCUAUAUUGGCGAUGACAAAGUGGUGCACUUAACUCAAGAAGAGAAUUUGAGUGCUGGUGCCUCAUCUUCCUUUUACGUCUCAUCAUCGGCUCAUACUUAUGCAGCACUCUGUAUUGAUUCAGAAUGCGCCUCUCGCGAACAUAAAAGUGGAGUGGUUAUGUCAUGCUUGAAUUGCUUCUUGGGAAAUGGAUCUUUGUAUCGCUUUGAGUAUGGAGUUAGCCCGGUAGUUUUAAUGGCUAAGGUUCGAUCUGGGACAUGCACGCUUGCUAAAUCUGAUCCUCCGGAAAAGGUGAUUCACAGAGCUAUGCAUUUGCUUCAGAAUGGAUUCGGGAAGUAUGAUUUGUUAUCAAAUAACUGUGAGGAUUUUGCUAUGUAUUGUGCAACUGGACUUCUUGUUUGUGGCAAGAAAAGGUCUGGUGCCAGUGGCCAAGUCUCGUCCUUUGUUAGUAUUGUUGCGACUGCAAUGAGCUAUGUUCCGCUCAAGAUGUUGGUUUCAAACCCGGUUACUCUUGUAGCAUCAUCUGUAGCGCAAAUAUCUUUUAAUCGGUAUGCUCUUGAUGUUGGUGUUCGGAGUGAUGCUACCAAGGUGGAGGUAGAGGACAUUGUCGUAGUGAACUCCCGCUGAGGUAGAUGCACGUGCUUGCGGUGCUGACAAUGCUGACGAUCGACCUAAAUAGCGUACGAGAUACUGAUGGUGGGUUAUCACAAACAUGUCAAGAUGAUUGUUUUCUUUUUGAUGUUUGCCUUCUAUUAUUCAACUGUCUAGUUUCUAUUAUUCAGCUGUGUAGUUUCUAUAUUUUGCAAGCACAGAACUGUAUGAGAUGAGAGUCUCCAACUAUUUUUAGAUUUCAAUUGGAAUUAUUUUGCUCUUA